AUGUCAGAAGCCCCAAAGACAAGUACCCCGAUUGAAAUUCCGAUAAUUGGGAUUAAGAACUUCCGCUCGACGUGUUUUGCAAAUAGUGUGUUUCAAAUAUUAUGUAGUCAGCGAGCCCUAAUUAAAUACCUCAAAGUGGUUGAGCCGACAACGGAGACGCCAUAUACUUUUGCUUUGAAGAAAAUGUUGAAGCCACUGUUGGAGUCGAAGACGCCUGGUAUCAUUAGAGAGUCGAUUGAUCCCCCAGAAGAAAUGAGGAAGAUCAUUAUAGACCUCCAAACAGAGAGUGGCCAGAGACAAAUGGAUGCGGGAGAAUUCUAUACGACCGUCAUUAACGCGCUUCACGUCGAAAGUUUGAAGAUCCAAAAACCGGAGGAGACUCAAGAAGAAGAUGACGACGGGUGGGAAGAGGUUGGAGAAAAGUCGAAGAAAAUUAGUUUGCGCACGGAGAAAUCGGACGGGAAAAGUUGUGUGUCUGAAGUGUUCAGAGGGAAGACAAGAAUGACAACAACGACUGUCGAUGCCAAGAAAAAGGCAAACAAAGCUGUUUUCCAGGACUUUUAUAUCUUCUCCGUCCCUCUUCAGAAGGGAAAGGAUUGUUGUAAAACCACAAAUGAGUGUUAUAAUUUGGCGACAUCAAGAAGGGUUGAAGGGAAUAUAGUCCAAACACUUUCCAUAGAAGAAUUUCCAAAGGUUUUAGUGCUUCAAUUCAACAGAUUCAUUUACGACAGAGUGCAAUUAAAAGUGGUUAAAAUCACAGAUCACGUUUCAUUUGAAGAAACACUCAGUCUUAAAGUUGGGAAGAAGAGUGUCAAUUAUAAGCUCAGUGUGGUCGUCGAACACAGAGGAAAUAAUAUAGGAAGAGGACAUUAUGUUGCGUAUGUAAGAAGAGGCCCAAAUUGGUUCUUUUGCAACGACGAACAGAUCAUUAAAACAGACUUUACAGAGGUCAGAAACGCAAUGGCGUAUCUUCUUGUCUACUCUAAUUGA